AGCUCGGUCCUACAUGACGGUAACCAACGGUUAUAACCGGCAACUGAAAUAAAUGUCCAGAGAAAAUGGCAUUUUGUUGCCGAUGCGUUUUCUACUAUUCUUCUUCUUCUUUCUCGCCCUCUCUUCCCAUUCUUUCAAAAUCCGCUACUCCCUACCUAACCUGCCCUUAUAAGUUCUCAAAAUUUACCAAGUUGCCACUCACAUACCAUAAUCCUCAGAAUCACACUGCAACGAUCUCCAGAACUCUCCGUCUAUCAUCAUCAUCAUCAUCACCACCACCACCACCACCACCUAUGGAAUCUCCUCCAGAAGGUUAUAGAAGAAAUGUGGGUAUUUGUUUGAUAAACCCUUCUAAAAAGAUAUUUGCUGCUUCAAGGUUGGAUAUAUCUGAUGCUUGGCAAAUGCCUCAGUUGUAUAGUUCUUUUGUACCAAAUGUUGAUGAUGUUUCGAACAACGAUAUAAACCAGGGAGGUAUAGAUGAGAAUGAAGAUCCUAAGACUGCAGCUGUUAGGGAAUUAAAAGAGGAGACCGGGAUAAGCUCAGCAGAAGUUCUUGCAGAGGCACCUAAUUGGUUGACAUAUGACUUCCCACCACAAGUUAGGGAAAAACUUAAACAACAAUGGGGAUCUGACUGGAAAGGUCAAGCGCAGAAGUGGUUUCUUCUUAAAUUCACUGGGAAGGAGGAAGAGAUCAAUCUUUUGGGUGAUGGCUUAGAGAAACCUGAGUUCGGCCAAUGGUCAUGGAUGUCACCUGAACAAAUACUUGAUCAUCUUUUGCUCAAGUGUAUUCAUGGGGAAAAGGCAGCUUCAGAAAGCCAUUGCAGCAGACAUUAACAGUAGAUGGCAGCUGGUACCAUUCAGGAAUUCCCAGGAAAACUGAGGAAAAGACAGAAGCAACAUCUAACUAGUUGAUGCAAGAUCUUAAGUGGGUUGAUCUAGCUGCACAGAGAGCAGUCCGCACAAAAUUCAGGAAUGGAAGAGUCUUCUGGAUGUACAUCCUUAACCAAGUCAUAACAUGUUUUUUAAUAUGGGACGGAGCUAGUAUCUCUAAGUUCAAUAACGUAUCAAGUUACAGUAAAGAUUUGAGGUCUCCAACUGAAAGUUACAAGUUCUUAAUGUUAGUGAGGUUAUACUGGAGCUAAUUCGAUUUGAAAACUCGCAUAUGCAUUCUCUUGAUAACUACAGCAAGAUCAAUAGAGCACUCUGGAAACUGAGGAUUUUUCCAUGACAAUUUCUGGACUUUGAAAGCCGGAGUUCAAGCUUCAUUCUAAAACAUCUCCAGUUGUAUAAAUUCUUAGUAGACAAAAUUGUUCGAACACACAAAAAGAUACCGUACCACAAUUGACCAGUUAUAUUUGUAUCAAACUGGACUGGAACUCUAUGAAAUUCUGUCAAUACUUCAGGA